UAACCCCCUUUAACACCCGGGCACUGUUGCAGACCUCCGCCUAGAUCACAAGAAAAGAAGACAGGACGAGAACAGAAGUACAUGGAUUGUGUGUAACAGCGCUCCUGUCCGACCCAGCUAGCGGGCCGGUCCGUACGGUGUACAUGUCCAGGUUUGCCGGCCAGUGGUCCCCGGGUACGCGGGGAGAGGAGAGUCAGGCGGCGGGGCACCCAAGGAAACAUGGCGGCGGCGGGCGCGCGGGAACAGGCUUGGACCCGGCAGGUUUUGUGCAGGUACUUUGUGAGCGGUAUAUGCAGAUAUGGUGACUCCUGUAGGUACUCACAUGACCAGGCAAACAAGGCUCCGCCCGUGUGCCGCUUUUUCCUGAAGAACCAGUGUGCUUUUGGGGACAAGUGCAGAUUUGCCCAUGUAUCGACUGUUUCAUCAACCCCAGAAGAACCUCGCUCUCCUAGCCCCACAUUCCAACGCAAAGACAGGAAGAGUUCUCUUAAACUGACGGACCUCAAGAGCCAGGAAACCGGUCUGAACCAGACCCUUCCCAGCUCGUCUGACACCAAGUUCACCUGGAGCAAGUGGACUGAAGCAGCUGAGUUUGUACCCGGCCAGCCUUACAGGGGGAAAAUUGGGACAGCAGACGAGGAUGCCUCCAAAGUGGACCUGGAGGAGACCAGGAAGCUGCUGUGUCCGUACGCCAUGAUGGGGUCGUGUCGCUAUGGCGACCGGUGUGUUUACACCCACGGCCUGCUGUGUGAGCUGUGCGGCAGCUACUGUCUGCAUCCGAACGACCAGGCACAGCAGACACAGCACAUGGAGCAAUGUGUGUCGGACCAUGAGAAGGACAUGGAACACUCUUUUGCUGUUGCUCGGAGCAAGGACAUCCAAUGUGGCAUCUGUAUGGAGGUUAUCUGGGACAAGAGUCCUCCGAGCGAGAGACGGUUUGGAAUCCUGUCCAACUGUAACCACCCCUUCUGCCUCAGCUGUAUCCGCAAGUGGCGCAGUGCUCGUCAGUUCGAGAAGAAGAUCGUAAGGUCCUGCCCUGAAUGCCGAGUCAAGUCAGACUUCGUGACCCCCAGUCAGUACUGGGUGGUAGAGUCCGCGGAGAAGACAGAGUUGAUCGGAACAUACAAGGUGGCUCUCAGCAAGAAGCCGUGCAAGUAUUUCAACCAAGGCAAGGGGACCUGUCCGUUUGGCGGCAACUGUUUCUACCUCCACGCUUAUCCUGAUGGCAGGAAGGAAGAGCCCAAACCACCCAGGAAGGUGGGGGGGUCAGAUGGCAGAUUUAGGAUUAUGCAGAACUACAACUUGUGGGACUUCUUCGAACACCGUAGCUCGCGCCACAUGCGUCUGGACGAUGACGAAGAUCACGACGGGGAGAGUGACAUCAGCUGGGCCGACAGCGACGAUUGGCUGGACGAACUGCUCUUCUAUUACUACAGCGGGGGCGACGAUUCGGAGCUCAGUGAUUUUGACGACGACUAGUGUUAAGAUAAUGGAUUUGGAAGGCACUAUACUCUUGUCUGGUGGUGGACUUUGAUGCUUUUCCCCCCCGAAUUCUAGUUUUCUGUCAUCAUAAGGCCACACCAAUUUGAUUUCUUGGUUCUUGGAUUCCGUGCUUCAUUGUUUUUUCUGAUUUGCAGAAAAACAUACAUUUCAAGUUUACUGUUAUCUUGUCUUCCUUUGAUGGACAAAAAUUGGGGUUUAAAGAUGUCAAAAAGUGCAUUGAUUUGAUUUAAAGUUCCAAAUUCAUUUUGUUAGACUAGUAUGUUGACCUUGUGCCUCCUAUAGUAGCAUUUCGGGCUGUCACCUGCUCCAUUGCUUUCCUGCAAAAAUUCAAGAACCAACAAAUCAAAUUGCUGUUGCACAAGACUCAUGUUGCAAGACUGUUACUAUAAAGUGCCACAAACCCUAUUGAAGAUGCAAUGUCAGAUGUAGACAACAUUGUUUCCAAAGAAUACAUCUUUUGAUAUACUAUUUUAUUUUUUCAUGCUGGAUAAGCAAAUUGAACACACAACCAUGCCAACAGGGUCUAUUCUUUGGAGGACAGUGAAGUUUUGACUUGUGCUUGUUGAACUUUAAAGGAAUACUCCACUUCAAAGUUGGGCUUUAAAAUCCCAGAAAAAGCUAAAUUUUUAUGCUUAAUUCCAGCUUGUUUUGUCAAAUUUACCAUAAGUUGAAGUCUGAACCAGCAAGAAGGUUGUAAUGUGCAAGUUCUUGAAACCCCCGAAGGACCCUUUCGAGGGUUUAUACUUUUUGUGUACCUCCCUCUACGUUUGAUAGUCAAUCUACACCUUUCAUAACUUAUAGAACCUACAGUUAGUGAUGGAAAGGUUCCUAAGGGGGUUUUAAGAAUUCUAUCGCUACAUAGCUUGUGCUGCAUUCACGCUUCAACUUAUAGUAAAUUUGACAAACUGGAUUCAUACAUAAAAAAUUACUCUCUGGGAAAUUUUAAUACUCAUUUUGAAGUGGAGUACUCCUUUAAUGUCAAAAUUGUUUUAUGUUUUUGCCAAAUGCUGCUUUCAGAAGAACAAUCAUUACAUUCUACUUUACAAUAGCAAGUAUGCACAACUGUUACCAACAUUUCUGUGUAACAUUUACCCAUAUUAUGUAAGGUAGAAAUAUGUAUGUUCUGAUGCCUUUCUAUAUGAAUGUGUGCAUGAUAAGUAUGGUGUGGUGGUGCAGUAGUAGUAUACUGUGUCCAAAAUAGAGCAUGAAAAUGCGGAGGAUGUGUGUGGUUGUUUGUGAUUGUUCAUCAUGCAAGUUUAAGGAAAUUCUUCGCAUGUUUGUGAUACGAAUACUAGUAGGAUAUAUCAUAUGUAUGGUUGCAAUGUUCACAAAGUAACUAUAAUCAACCAAGUAUACAUGUACAUGUAUUACCUAGUAGAUGGUGUAUAAUAUUGGACAGGUAGGGGAUAUAAUAAUAAUAAAAAUAGUACGUACAAAAAAUGUAUUACCAUUUACCACCAAAGCCUUUCUUUUAUAAACCAAACUUAAAUCACUAUUUGUAACCUUGGUUAGCAUUUGUUUGCUGAACCAGACUUGUAUUAUGAUAUUUUACCUCAUCAAUCUAGAAAUAAACAAGAAAACAUUUGAGCAA